GUUUGACCUGCACGGAGCGAAGAAGUUUCAUAACAAAAAGGGAUAUUCUGGGAUCUUAUAGAUGUUAUUCAUGACAAAAGCCCACUAAGUACACCAAGACUACCUGUAAAGAAGCCCAGCUGAAGAUCACUUUUCAUUUCUACAUGAAGCAAGUCAACAUGGCCCCCUCUCCAUCGCCUCCUCCACUGAAAUCAUCACUUGUUACUUUGGAUAUUGUGGUCCUAGUUGUUUACUUCUUGCUUGUGUUGGCUGUUGGAUUCUGGUCUAUGUGGAGAACAAAACGCAGCACAGUGGAUGGAUACUUUUUGGCUGGGAAGAGCAUGACCUGGUGGCCCGUGGGCGCUUCUCUCUUUGCCAGUAACAUUGGCAGUGGUCACUUCAUUGGUCUGGCAGGGUCAGGAGCUGCUGCAGGGAUUGGAGCCAUUGCAUAUGAAUGGAAUGGCAUGUUCAUGGUUUUGCUGCUGGGAUGGGUCUUCCUACCUAUUUAUCUUGCUUCUGGGGUUACCACAAUGCCUGAGUAUUUACAAAAACGCUUUGGUGGCAGAAGAACGCAGUUACUGAUAGCUGUCUUAUACUUAUUUAUUUACAUCUUCACAAAGAUCUCAGUGGAUAUGUAUGCUGGUGCUUUGUUCAUUCAGCUUGCAUUGCAGUGGAAUAUUUACCUUUCGGUUGUGCUGCUCCUUUCAAUAACAGCUGUAUACACAGUAGCAGGUGGUUUGGCUGCAGUUAUCUACACAGACGCAGCUCAGACUAUGAUCAUGUUAGCGGGGGCAUUGACACUCAUGUGCUACAGUUUUGCAGAAGUUGGAGGCUGGAACGCUCUAAUGGAGGGAUAUGCUGAUGCCAUUCCCUCUGUACGUGUGCCCAACACAACCUGUGGCAUCCCCCGAGAUGACGCUUUUCAAUUGUUCAGAGACCCAGUGACCUCUGACCUCCCCUGGCCUGGGGUGCUCAUUGGCAUGUCUAUCCCCUCCAUGUGGUACUGGUGCUCUGAUCAGGUGAUUGUGCAGCGCUCACUCGCAGCUAAGACUUUGACCCAUGCAAAAGGAGGCUCCCUUUUGGCUGUGUACCUCAAAAUCAUACCUUUUUUUGCUGUGAUGUUACCAGGAAUGAUCAGCAGAAUCUUAUAUACAGAUGAUGUGGCUUGUGCAGACCCUGAUUUGUGUAAACAGAUUUGUGGAAACCCAGUGGGUUGUACAGACACUGCUUAUGCCAGGCUGGUCAUGGAGCUGCUGCCGGCAGGUCUGCGUGGUCUGAUGAUGGCUGUUAUGAUUGCUGCUCUCAUGUCCUCCCUCACAUCCAUCUUCAACAGUGCCAGCACCAUUUUUACCAUGGAUCUAUGGAAGACUUUUAGGUCCAGGGCAUCAGAGUGGGAGCUCAUGAUUGUUGGCAGAGUCUUUGUGCUGGUUCUUGUGGGGGUGUCUGUGUUGUGGAUACCUGUGGUCCAGGCCAGUCAGGGGGGGCAACUAUUUAUCUAUAUUCAGUCUAUCAGCACCUACCUGCAGCCUCCCGUUUCCAUAGUAUUCAUCAUGGGCUGUUUUUGUAAGAGGACCAAUGAAAAGGGUGCAUUUUGGGGGCUGGCUCUGGGUCUGCUGAUUGGCUGUAUACGGAUGUUGUUGGAUUUCAUCUAUCCCCAACCGCAGUGUUAUCAAGCAGACGACAGGCCUGGAGUGUUAAAAUAUGUGCAUUAUCUGUACUUCUCCAUGUUGCUGUCUGCCAUUACUCUGAUUGUGGUGGUGGCCGUCAGUCUGGUGACAGAGAAGCCAAGACCAGAACAGAUAUCUCGCCUCACCUGGUUCACAAGGUCAGACCCUGUAGAGACUAAAGGGCAGGUGGACCAUAGCAGUAACAGGGCAGAGGCGACGAUCAAUCAGACACAAGAAAAAGAGCCAGGCAGCAACAGAGUAUCAUUUGAACGCAGGGCCUCCAUGACGUCUUCAGUUAGAGUGCAUCAAUCAAAGCUGCUGUCUGCCCUCUACUGGCUCUGUGGGAUGGAGAGACGACAGGAGGAGGACAGCAGUCCUCCUCCUCCUCCUCCUGUACAACCCGCUUGUUCACUGGAGGAAAAAGCCACACUCAAAAUGGUUGUUAAUGUCAACCUCAUCAUUUGUUUAACUGUAACGGUUUUUAUUAUUGGCUACUGGGCAUGAGUAAUGGAAGUAUGAACAGUAAGAACUGUAUGCAUGUAUAACUUAUGUAGAUCAAAUGUAUAUGACAAAUGUUUUUUUUUGUUUUUACAAAAUCAAACUGAAUCAUAUAUUUAAAAAU